GUUUGCCUUUCCCCUCUCACAAACCCCCAUUCCCCGGCUCCGGCUCUGGCUCGUCACGAUGGACUCCGCAGCUCAGGCACGUUAUGAUCUUAUCCGCGAGAACCUCGCUGAGGUUCUGAACCCCGAGAUUCUCGAGGGUAUCCUGGCCGAGGGCCGCCAUCCCCGCAUCUACUGGGGAACUGCCACCACUGGCAGACCCCACGUCGGCUACUUCCUCGCUGCCCUCAAGAUCGCCCAAUUGCUUCGUGCUCAAUGCGACGUCGUCGUCCUGCUCGCCGACAUCCACGGUUUCCUCGACAACCUGAAGGCGCCGCUGGAGCUGGUGGACAACCGCGCCCAGUACUACCGCAAGGUUAUCACCGCCAUCCUUGAGUCCGUCGGCGUGUCGACCGAGAAGCUCGAGUUCGUGCUCGGCAGCUCCUACCAGAAGUCCCCCGAAUAUGUCAUGGAUGUCUACCGCCUGUCGAGUUUGAUCUCAGAGUCGGAUGCCAAGAAGGCCGGUGCGGAGGUCGUCAAGCAGACCGACAAUGCCCCCCUGAGUGGUCUGCUCUACCCCGUGCUCCAGGUUCUGGAUGAGGAGCACCUGAAGGUGGACUGCCAGCUGGGUGGCAUGGACCAGCGCAAACUCUUUGCCGCUGCCGUGGAGUGGCUGCCCAAGCUUGGUUACCGCAAGCGCGCACAUCUCAUCAACCCCAUGAUCAGCGGAUUAAAGGGUGCCAAGAUGAGUUCCAGUAUCGAAGACAGCAAGAUCGAUCUCCUCGACUCGGCCGACAGCAUCACCAAGAAGAUCAAGAAGGCCGAAUCCGCGCCCAAGGUCGUCGAAGGCAACGGUGUCAUCGCCCUUGUGGAGUACGUCCUCCUGCCCGCUGCCGAUCUCAAGGGCAAGAAGGAGUUCCGCGUUGAGCGCAAGGACCAGGAGCCCCUGAUCUACACCGACAUCAAGCAGCUCGAGGAGGAUUACAAGAACGAUGUUUUGACGCCACAGAUGCUCAAGCCCGCCGUCGCGGACGGUCUCAUCAGCCUCAUGGCCCCCAUCCAGGCGGCCUACCAAGCCUCUACCGAGUGGCAGGAGAUCACCGCCAAGGCCUACCCGCCUCCUGUCGUCGAGAAGAAGCAGAAGAAGGUCAAGAACAAGGGCACUCGCCACCCCGGUGCUGCCGCUGAGCCGGAGAAGCCGGCCACGGAGUAGGAGAUUUCGAAGAGGGAGCUUUAGCGUACGAUAUACAAAAAGCACGUACAGUUCAUCUAGAACUUUAGCGAUAGACCACUUUUCAUGACAAAUGACUCUGGAAGUUUUUGAUAUCUUUUUUCCGGGGAGGUGUACAAGCUGUUGAGCGUGGCCAAGGAUAGCCUUGGAUAGAGCCAGCGGACUGGCGUCUGAGUUUCAUCACAUCAAAAUGACAGGACCAACGUGUGUGUAUGUAGUACUCAAGUACUAGGUAAG